AUGCUAGUACCAGACGGGAGUAGCGAUAUAAAUACUUUUCAGUCAAACACUUUAGAUGUAGGAAUGUCGUUACUUGCACCGGUCAUAGUUAACGUUCAGAAUGGAGAAUGGGUCCAUCAAAGAGUCUUGCUGAUAUAUGGGCGGGCUGGCCCAAAAGAUUUAUCAUUUAAAUCAAAUGUCACGGUCGAGCAUCAUACCGAUAAUUUUCCUUCGACAGUAUGGCCAGUUUUAAAUUCUCACUUCAAAUGUCUUGUACAUCUUGACCCAGGUCCAAAUAAUAUCAAGUUUACAUUCGAUCAAGAACCCUAUGCACCAAACUCACCUCCAUUGUCUACC